AUGGCCGCCGGCGCAGCAGCAGCGACGUCAAGCGCACCGAAACGCCCAACAGCGGAGUUUCACGCCAGCGUUUGGGGGGACUUCUUCAUUACUCACGCCCCCCAAACUCACCAGGUGGUAAAUAGCUGGAAUGAACAAAUUGAAGUAUUGAAGUCCAAUAUAGCGGGUAUGUUAUCAUUUCCGACCGACAACCAAACACUGAAUCUCAUUGAUCUGAUUGAGAGACUCGGCGUUGACUAUCAUUUUGAGGACGAAAUCGAACGAAUUCUCGGACAAGAGUAUGUGAAAAUUACCAGCGGCGCUGAAAAUUACAAUGAUGAUGACCUCUACAAUGUUGCCCUCCGUUUCAGAUUGUUAAGGCAACAUGGAUGUAACGUCUCAAGUGAUAUAUUCAAGAGAUUCAAGACAAGUGAUCAUGAAGGAGGUCAGUUCAAGCAAGAAAUCAUCAGUGACGUCGAAGGCUUGCUAAGCUUGUACGAGGCUGCAUAUCUCCGGACACAUGGGGAGAAUAUAUUAGAUGAAGCUAUCGCCUUCACAAAACCACACCUAGCUGCUGCAGCCGGCGCCGAGGACCUCAAAUCGGCGGACCCGACUCUCGCCGAGCGGGUCGCCCAUGCUCUGAAAUGGCCCCACCGCAAAGGCAUGAAGAGGGUCGAGCAUCACUUCUUCAUAUCCAUCUAUGAACAGACGCAAGGCCACGAUGAAGGACUCCUCAAGCUAGCCAAGUUGACUUUCAAUGUGGUUCAACACUUGUACCAAAAGGAGCUCAGAGUUCUCACCAAGUGGUGGCUCGAGGAGGAUUUGCCAAACAGGAUGUCUUAUGGACGAGAUAGAUUGGUAGAGGUUUACUUCUGGGCAAUGGGAUGCUUGUGGAAGCCCAAGUAUUCUCUGGCCAGAUACUGUUUCAUGAAGGUUACUACACUUGGAUCGGUUUUGGAUGACACAUAUGAUGCAUACGGUACCAUCGAAGAACUUGAGCAGUUCACGGACGCCAUCUACAGGUGGGAUACUAGCAUGCAAGACAUAGAACCAAAAAUGAAAAUCCUUUUCGAGGCAACCGUUGAUGCGUACAAUGACAUGCACGAAAUGGCAACUGAGGAAUUUGGAAGAUCUUACUGUUGGGACUAUGCAAAACAGGCGCUAAAGAAUUCAGUAAGAAAUUAUCUGGAAGAAGCUCGAUGGCUGGCCAAAGAUUAUGUGCCGACCAUAGAGGAAUACAGGCGUGUUUCUGGGAUGAGCACUCUCUAUGAAUGGUUAGCAUUUGCGGCAUUCUGUGGGAUGGGCGAAUCGACUUCCAAGGAAGUUUUUGAUUGGUUAUUCACAGAACCUAAAUUGUUAGUAGCUUCCUCGGAACAUUGCCGUCUAAUGGAUGACGUUGUAACCCACGAGUUUGAGCGGAAGAGGGGUCAUGCUCCAUCGUCGGUGGAAUGUUAUAUGAAGCAACAUGGUGUGUCAAAAAAGGAGGCGAUCAAUGUAAUAAAUAACUUGGUGGAGGAUGAUUGGAAGAUAAUAAAUGAAGAGUUGUUGAAUCCACCUGCCCAUGUACCGAAAGAAAUUCUUUUGAUAUUUCUUGGUUUUGCUCAGGUUAUGGAGGUGCUCUACGCAGAUGGUGAUGGCUACACUCGUUCUGAGACAACCACUAAGGACAUGCUUACUGCUUUGCUCGUCACUCCAUUUCAAGUUUAA